CCCCUUUCCAGGGUUUUACUUUCUGCCAUUAUUUUGCUUUUGUUUCAUUCCAUUCUUUGUCCAAAUUAUUUCCAUAUAUCUCUUAAUUUUUUUUUUGUCGGCUGAUUUUUGUCAUAAAAAAAAUUAUGUUCUUUAGGGAUUUUGAAGUGAAUCUAGAUAAAUCUUGUUUUGAAUCUCUUCAGUUUCCUACAUUUUCUUGGGAAAGAUGAUUAUAUCAAACUCUGACUUCCGGCUUUGAAUCUCCUUUUCGUUUUGCAAAUAUAUAUAUCAAAUUUUUAGUUGUGUCUGAAUGAAGAUUCCUUUCGGAUUUUUAGUUAGUUAGGGCUUCAAUCUGAUGAAUCUUGGAAUGCAUAUGGCAGGAAAGAUGGUGAGAGGGAAGAUCGAGAUCAAGAAGAUCGAGAACGUGACGAGUAGACAAGUAACGUUUUCGAAGCGAAGGAGUGGUCUCUUUAAGAAGGCUCAUGAGCUUUCGGUUCUAUGCGAUGCUCAAGUCGCGGCCAUUGUCUUCUCUCAGAGUGGAAGAUUAUACGAAUACUCUAGCUCCGAGAUGGAGAAAAUUAUAGAAAGAUAUGGCAAGUUUAGUAAUGACUCCUUUGUGGCAGAGACGCCCCAAGUAGAACGAUACUUGCAGGAGCUUAAGAAGGAAAUGGAUAGAAUGGUAAAGAAGAUUGAUCUUCUUGAAGUUCAUCACCGUAAGCUGAUGGGGCAAGGUUUGGGUUCGUGUUCAGUGGCAGAACUUCAAGAGAUAGACACUCAAAUUGAGAAGAGCCUUCGUAUUGUAAGGUCAAGAAAGGCUGAGUUAUACGCAGGUCAACUGGAAAAGCUAAAAGAAAAGGAGAGAGAGCUCUUGAACGAGAGAAAAAGGCUGCGUGAAGAGCAAAUUAGAGAAAGGUUGAUGCGACCGGUGGUGCCACUAACAUUACAAAUAUGUGAUAGGGGUAAAACUACUGAAGGUGGUGGUUCGUCGGAUGUUGAAACCGAUCUAUUUAUUGGAUUGCCCGUGACUCGGCUAUAACAUAUUUCACACGUUCCGUAAAUUGGCUGAUCACAGUUUUUAUUACUUCAGUGGGUUCGAUGUUUGUACCUACACCACUGAUUCCAUAGUUUACAGUUUUCUGAGUGCUCUUGACCAUCUCUCAAUAUGUGUAUAAACAGGAAAUAAUUUGACAUGUAUAAGUUGUCACUUUAGUGUUAUUUUUCGGAAUAAUUAAACGUGACGGUUUUGUUUC